AUGGGCUGGUGGCGCAAGGCUACAACGUGGUGUACUUGGGGGCAUUUGGGCCCUGAUCUCGACGACGACGGGCACCUUGACCCUUUCAAGUUGAGGGGCCGAGUCGGCGUUUGCAAGCGGACCAUGUUUCUGGGCAUCAUUCUGUCAACCGAGGCUGCUGAUGAAGCGGGUCUGGACCUGAGACUUUCAGACGUUGCUCAUCUAGAGCAACACCACAGCAGGCCAGUCUACGCCCGUGUGAUGGGCAGGAAGAACUCACAGCCAUGGAAGGACCGCGGCUACAAAGGUUACGAGCACUACGAGCACUACGAAAAAGACCCACGACUCUGGCGAGGUGCAUGGGCAUUAUCGCCACGUGGUGGUUCGCAGGCCCCGCCACGCUACGAUCAGGUGAGGCUGGAUGGCAAGAACCAGCCAGAACAGGCCUGGAAAGAGCAGUACCCAUGGCGUCAACCUUCGCAACCAGCCAAGGGACUCGAAGCUAUGACGGCCAUGCAAGCAGUCCAGAGAGCUUUGACUGCCACCAGGAAAGCGGACCAAAAAAUCCGCAAAUUACAAGAGGACAAGGAGCGCCGCCAGCUACAAUGGGACCAAUUUGCCAAGGAACAGGCGGCGAAUUUCGUCAAGCAGAAGAGGCAGUUUGCGGACGACAUGACCCGCCUGGACACGGAGCUUCUUCAAGCGGCAGAGGCUGGCAAUGCCGCUGCGGAAAGGGUCAAGGCCAUCGUCCUCCACGGACACGUGGAACCCAAACCCAUGGAAGGUCAGGAGUCCGAGGAGGAAUGGGACAAGCUGAUCAAAACUCCAUCAGCCCUCGACUACAGCGGCACCGCCUUCUACAACGCCAAUGCCUCCGACGACGACCCAGCAGGCGCUGCAGCACCACCUUCAGCGGACAAAGGCAGUCCCUUGCUGGCCGACAGACUUGCAGCCCGGAGGGAAGAGCGCCCCGACGACACAGGACAGCGACCGGACGCGCAGAUCAUCGAGGAAGAGGCAGAAGAGCUCGAUCUGUCGCGAGAGCCGCUACUCACCCAUCAGCAGAGAGACUCUCUGGCGGGGCCGGAGGUGUUUGAGACCUGGGGGUCUCACACUGGCCAGUUCCCCUUCGGAGAAUGUUUCGCUGUGACCUCAUUGGCUCAUGCUCAGGCAACUGACGUUCGUCCCGAUGGUUGGCUAGCACACAGCUCCGAGACCGACAGCGCCACUCUCCGCAGGUUCCACGUCCUUGAAGUCUUAGCAUUGCUGACAGCUGUUUUGCCACAGAUCCCUGUGAUGGGCCCCAUUUAUGCGGCCUUUACUCAGAGUAUCGUUACACUCAGAGACCUCGACGAGCAGGCCAAAUUUCAGGAAAUCACCAACUGGAUCGUUUUUGUUGCUCAGCAGCCCAGUACGGUGCUUCCCCCAGAGCUCACAUUCAUUGAGCUCCUACACGGUCCGAUUCCACAGCCACAGGAUCAUGCCUUCACCAUCCCAGCACCAGGGGAUGAGAACCUUCUGCGACAGUCGGGUCAGAUCUACCAAGGCAUCGUCGCUGCCGUAGGACAGUGCCUUCGCUUUCUAGCGGUACAGAGGGGUCAUUAUGCGCAAUCUGCUUUUCUGAAUCACCUGCAGCAACGCAUACCCGUGGGUCAUGCGCACGCUCUCGCUGAUUUUCCAGACAUGCAGCAGCCGAUUGUUGUCACUGAGGAUACCAUCCUGCAGCCAAUUCUCCUGCAAGGCAACACUCACGACGCCACACUUGCUCCUAGGUCAACACCGACUUCUGCGAGUUCCCGUCAGGACUCUCAAGGCGACCUUCAGCUUAUCACGUCACUGCAAGCUCCACGGCUCCUCGGUGUAGGACCAGGUAGGCUGACGACAGACAGUGAUGACGAAAUAUCUAGCACUGACAUCGCUCAGGCUAGAUUCCUCGUGCUCCGUCUUGACUGCCAACCUGUAGAGUUGACCGUCUCUUUUCAGACACCCUCUACGGUUGAGCAAGUUAUAGAGACCGUUGCCCAAGCCCUGCCAGACGAAGUCUACAACCACUACUCCCAGGUGCACCCAGUCGACCCGCAACCGUCUUCACAGUGGGGUCUGGCGCUUGCCCUGCCAUCUUGGGCUAGCCAGGAGCCUCUCAUUGUAUGCGAUACUACUGCGGUUGAUGGGCGGCUCUUUCUGCUCUCUGUUGGCCCUGUCACUGCCCGCCAACGCCUCUGUCGGCUCGCCGGUGUUCAGCCACAGAAGGUUACCAUUUAUGCAUACGGCAGCGCACACCCUCUCACUGACGGCAUUGAUCUGCACCUUGAGCCCUACAGGUGUGUCUUCUUCGUGCCGCAAGGGUCGCCGCCCAAGGUUGGCCACAGUCUGAAAUCUAUGGCCAUCACGCCAUACGGAUGGUUCCCGGCUGUUCACCUUCCCCUAGCGCCAGGGGGUCAGAGCAGCAACAUCUACUGCCUAGCUACUGCAGGAGGGGACCGGCUGCACCGGCUGCAGGCUACAAGAGACAGUUUAGUCCCCAGAGAGAUCGCGGAAAGCCUUGGCCUGCCUACGGGUUCCACCGUUGUUCAGCCCGGCGUGCCCCGCAUAGCAGAUGCUAGCUAUCAAGGAUACCACUGCCGCAACGUCUUGGCCGUUGCCCGCCUACCAGAGGAUGAGGACGACUUUAGAGGCCUUGCUCCUGCCCUUGCACUUGUUGACUGCCGUGCGCUGCUUCAGGGUUGGCAAGUUCUAUUCGUCUACAAUGGCAAAGUCUCACACUCAGACCUUGCGUGUCAACUUGCCCACUUUGCACCCGCUGAACACCAUGUUCAGCUCGAUGGCACCAGGAUGGAUGGUGAAGACUUACUCGUUGAUCCAGGUCAAGUUGUCAUUGCCCAGUAUGUUGCCAGUACGCCGGCUCCAGCUGGCGAAGACGAAGAAUCAGAAUGUUCUUCAGAUCCUGCUGUCUCGGAUACCUCAACAAUGGGCAUGGACACUACGACAGCCCCCGCAGAUUCAGAAGGCGAACACCUUUUUGCAGACGAUCCAGCUUUCGCUUCGGGUGCAUCCAGGUCCCGUAGUCGGACACCACCAGGCAGAGUCAGAUCCAGCACUACCGCCACUCCACAAGAUCCCGUGCCGACUGCUCCGCCGCCUCCGGCGGCAGGUGAAACCUCUUCAUCGCAGCGCAGUUAUGAGCCUGCUACAGGCAGCAUGACAGCCCCGACUCUUGCAGGAAUUGUUAUUGCCGGUACUCUGCCGGGGGCAUCAGCGACUCCUGCACAGCUCAUGCCUUCCGCGGAGCUGCCAGUCCAGCUCACUGCCCUGCAUAUCUGCAUUUUGUUCGGGAUUUUUGUAGCUUUGGUUGCAUUUAAAGUCCUUAUUGAGCCGGCUUUGCAGACACCGCCCUCACAGCUAGCCUUGGCAACCUUACGCAUGCUGGCACACCGCGCCGGACUUUCUUGGCGCUAUAGCCCAAGUCCGACCUCUCUCUUCCUACCGGAAGACCACACAUCAGACUCAGAUGGGUCCUCUCAUGUUGAGGACAUUCCCCUGCGUUUCGUUGUGGCAACCCCGGGGUACACUCUGGAGCGCAUCAUGCUGCGACAGGAAUUGCCCACCACCGUCCCAGCACUCAUUCCGUCUCUUCAGACAGCUCGAGAUUCAGCCCGCAGCCGAGUCUUUUCCACUCUCAUCCCAGCGGACCCCCAGCCCUGCGCAGGUACAGGUCUUUUCCUCGCUGUGCCAGACAGACCUACGACAGACUGUGUGCUCUGCAUUGACACCACGCUUUUCGACCAGAGGCUUUUUGCAGUCAAAGCUCCAUGUUAUGUGGAUCGCCGUCUCCUUUUUACCCUGGCCAAUAUUUCUCCAGAGCUGCACAUACAGGUCUAUGUAGGGUCUGACACACAUCCUUUGUCAGAUGACAGCCAUUGUCAUGUGUUCACUGGACAAACGGUGUCGUUUAUACCGUCAGACGUCCGCAUUGCUCAGCCCCAGUCUUUGCAUCAGGCCUUACAGUACAGGGCUCCCUGGAGUCGUGCCUCCACUGUGCCCCUUGACACUGAAAGUCAGUGCUACUGCUUGGCCACUUCCGAGGCCACCCACGUGUUUCUCUAUGACACCCGUGCGCCACAGGCCUACAGGAGGCAGGUCGCAGACACGCUACGCAAGGACCCUGCCACCUUUCGACUUUUCCCUGCUAGUCCACGCAUCACUGAUGCCGCGUGGGACGGGCUCCAGUGUCGCACGGUCAUUGCCAUCUGCGAUAAAGGACCCUAUGACCAGGACUCACACACAGGUGCGCUUGUUGACGCCCGUGCUCUUCUACAAGGCUGGCGGUCCGUCAUUAUCAAACAGGGCAAGGUCUCCUGUAAGACCAUCAAAGCCAUGCUAGAGCCUGCCUGCCCAGCCGGCUGGUACCUCCGGCUCAUCGGGAUCCCUGAUGACCGAGACCUGCACCCUGUUCAUGAAGGUCAAGUCAUUGUCGUUUCCUGCCACCCUUGUGGCCCUGGCCCACAGGCAGCCUCUCACACAGGCGACCGCCCACUUGCAUCUGGCGAUGCCUCCGGACCUCCCCCACCCACCCCCGCGAGUGGAGAAGCUGACACAGCUCACAGGCCUGCGACCCACCAUCCGGAUGCUGUACGGCACCACGACACCCAGGAGCUCCCUCCAGCUACCAGCUCUGCUCCUGCCGAUUCUGCUGCCACAGCUGCCGAAUACCUUCAGAGUGUUUUCCUCAUCAUUGGUCAGGACUACUGCCCAGAGAUCGUUUUUGCAAGACUGCCUGUGGACAUCUCGGUGUCAGCCGCUCUCACAGCUGUUAACUCAGCGCGAGCGCCUUAUGCUAGGCUACGGUUACCCAGGAUCAUUGCAGUGCAUCCCCAGUCUGUUCCUGGAGUCGCUGUCGCCAUUGCUUCACCGAUUUGGCACCCAACCGGCGUGCUCCUCCUAUUCGAUUGUUCGCGGGUAAACGGUGCCAUAUAUACACUCCAAAUGCCGCGCAUACUGCACCGACAUGCAAUCUUGACAGCAGCCGGCAUACCUACCGGUCCAGAAUAUGAGGUCUACGUCAAAGACCUACCCUGGCCACUACCCAACGGCAGCAACAUAGAGCUACACAGUGGAGACGCCCUUGUCAUAGUGCCUGUGCAACCAUCCGUGCUCGUCACUAUGUCGCUGUCUGACAUGCUCCACUCCAGAACAGGCUGGGAUCAAGACUGGGCCCCUAACUUUGCCGAAUACACAGAGACAGCGUGGAUCCUGGCAGACCACGAUAAUCUCCUGUUUCAGGUUGCUUCAGCAAGGCGAUCGUCGGUACGUGCCGACCUCGCUCAGCACCUGGGCCUCCCUCCCACAGAGCUAGUCCUACGACCCGCUACGCCAGCAAUACAGAACCAUGCCCAUAGAGGUAUCCCCACGCGUAAUGUCCUCAUAGAGGCAAGCCCCUACGGGCAGCCUUUCACACAGGACCCUGACAUCUCAGAUGCUCAGCCGGUGUCCUUCGGGUCAGCCAAGGCGCAGUCCACCUGCCUCUCCCUCAGCAGGGAACACUACGAAGCUCCCGCCCUACAGGCACCUCCUGUUAUCUCCCUCGCUCAAGCUGUGCCGGACUGGUUGGACACCGAUCUUCGCCACGUCCUGAAGAAUCAAGACAUCAGUCUGGAACUGCGAACCUCCUUUGCCAACCUUACCAGUUGGUAUGAUGCGGGCAGUCCGAAGCCCAGUGCCCUGCAUGUUUACACAGACGGCUCUGCAGCAUCGCAGCAGCAGGACCUGCAACCUUGCUCCUGGGCUUUCGUCGUUUUUGCGAUCUGCCAAGGCGAGUGCAUAGACGAUGCCCUCACGGGAGAGCUUCUAGUGGAGGCACCUUUGGUACCUCCCGUCAGCCUACAGGUAUGCCUGCCGGACUGGAUCCCUGCCUUUGCCGCGCAUACUCUUCGUGACUGGGCAUGGGCUAUGGUACCCGGUCAUAUUGACCUGCCAAGACCCUUCGCCUUUGCUGUCGAGGUCGCUCUGCAACAGGCAAGACCCGAGCCGCCAGCCCGCGCGCCCACGCAAGCCCUAGUUGAAACACGGCUGCCAGCCACCGACGUAUCGUUUUGCCUUACCUGCCUCACAUUCAAUGUCCUUACUCUGAAGGAUUCAACGGGGCCCCAGCUGACUACUGGCUCCGUAGGCAUGCGCAUGUCCGGGCGCAAAGAAGUCUUAAAACGAUCUUUACGAGAACACCGAGUUCAUGUCGUCGGUCUCCAAGAGACCAGACUACCCAGUUCAGAGCUGCAGUCGGACCCCGACUACUUGAUUUUCAACACAGCUGCGGCCGCCAACGGCGCAGGCGGCUGCGCGCUCUGGCUCUCUCGCAAGCUUGCUUAUGGUGAAGACAGCACAGGACGCCUCAUCUUUCAAGAAGACCAUGUCACGGUUGUAAGCUCCUCCCCCCGUCAUCUUGUCGCCAACGUUCUCACACCGCGUUUGCGGCUGCACAUUCAAGUUGUGCAUGCUCCAUCACCAAGCAAUGUCAGCAUCGGUGAGGUACAAGACUUUUGGAAUAGCCGCGCAUCCGACUUUUCAAAAAGGCCCGCCGGUACAGACUUUCUUUUCCUGUGUGACGCCAACUCCAAAGUUGGCUCCAUGCCUACUUCUUUUGUCGGCUCCCAUCAAGCCGAAGAGGAGAAUGCCAGUGGCACGCUGUUCCACGAAUUUGUCAUGCGCAUCGGCGCGUUAGCUCCAUCCACACACGCAGAGUACCACCAAGGCUCAGGAGGCACCUGGUGUUCCCCCAGAGGCCUAUGGUCUCGCUUGGACUAUGUGCUGAUCCCCAUUUCUUGGAAGGAUUUUGAAGUCCACACCAAGGUCUUAUAUGAAGUUGAGGCGCUCCAACAGCGCGUCGACCAUGUGCCUCUUCUUUGUCAUUGUGCCUUUGUCAAAUGGGCUCCAGCCCAUACAUACACCGUUAAUCGUCGUGCGGCACUGCGUCCGACCCUUCCAGUAACCGUGCUUGAGAGGAGAGAAGUCCGAGCCACCCUCGCCAGCCUUGCCCCACAGUCCUGGCAUCAGGAUUCCACCAGCCAUCACGACGCGCUUGUGGAACAGUGGCAGCAGGCCAUCAAGCCCGCUCAGAUCGAGGGGCCACAGCCACGUCAGACCUUCUUGUCUGCCGACACACUCAGCACCAUUCAAGUCCGUACGGCAGCACGUCGUUAUCUCGCCCAGGAAGCUCAGGAGAGGGAUCGACGUUGGCGCUUCAUAUGUUUCGCUGCCUUCAUUCACAACUGCCGAGGCUCAUACUUUACUUCCCAGACACUUUCUGUCGUGGAAUCCUGGCUGCGGCAACUUGAUGUCAGCGAAGCCAGAGCGCUGACUGUCCUUUACGCUUCUACCAAGCAGAUUCGGCGACAAGUAGCCAAUGAUAGACAAGCCCACCUUGCGUCCCUCGCCCAGCAGGCGGCACAGCAUGAUAUCAAAGAUCCCGCUGCUCUCUACAAGGCGCUACGCAAAGCUUUUCCGGAGACCCGCCCCACACGACGCAGUUCCUUCAAGCCACUGCCAACCUUGCGUCUUGAAGAUGGCACUCUCGCCACCACUCACCAAGAACGAUGCGAAGGGUGGCGCAGGCACUUUGCAAGCCAGGAAGCAGGUUCUCUUGUCCUACCCGACGAAUACUGUCGUCUAUUCGAGGCUGCUGCCCCAAGCCAGUCCUGGGAUAUGGACAUCCAUGCGGUACCUACCCUAUGCCAGGUGGAAGCCAUCAUCCACACCCUGCAGUGCCGCAAGGCUGCAGGAGCUGACUCCAUCACAGCCGAAACCCUCAAAACAGACGUUCCGGUGACGGCCAGGCAAUUGCUACCGCUUCUGGCUAAGACCUCUUUGAGGGCACUAGAACCGGUGUCUUUUAGAGGUGGAGAUCUUUUCUUAUUAGCCAAACGUGCCGCCAACGUACUGGGCUGUGACGGCUAUCGCUCAAUCCUAAUAUCAUCCGUAUUAGGAAAGAUCUAUCACCGUUGUGUCAGGCAGCAAUUGCUGCCGAGCUUCUCGGCUGAUAGAGCGCCCUUUCAUGCAGGCAUCCUCCCCGGCCAGGGCAUAGAGCUUAUCUCCAUCACAGCCAAAACGUUUUUCCAUUCCUGCAACGCCCGCAGCCAACAGGGUGCGAUCAUCUUUUUUGAUUUGAAGGCAGCUUUCUAUCAAGUGCUGCGGGAACGGCUCGUUGAGCCAGCAGACAGGGAAGCCAGGAUUGAGGACCUCUUUGCCCAUCUGAAGCUACCAGACACUGCCAUCUCGGAGCUCCGGCAGCAGCUUCUCAACAUCCCCAUUCUUGCCGCGGCAGGCGUCUCGGCACAUACACAGGCCCUUGUCAGGGACAUGUUCCGUGGCACCUACUUUCGCCUUACUAAGUGCUCUGAGCUCACAUACACGCGACGAGGCUCGCGACCUGGCGAUCCUGCUGCAGACCUACUGUUUGCUUUUGCCCUUUCGGCGUACUUUCGAUCAGCCUUAGCUGCCCUUGAGGCAGAAGGUUUGGCUGCCAAUAUCCCUCACGAAGCCACUCGUCCCCCCUUUUGCCCUCAUCAAGGUCCGAUCGAUCUGCACUGCCCUGCUUGGGCCGAUGACUUUCUAUGCCCUCAGACAGGCCAGAACUACGCCGACCUCGUCAACAGAGCUCGAAGGGCCGUCCAGCUACUUACCGAACACGCAUCUUCCCUCGGCAUGGAGGUCAAAUUCGGGACAGACAAGACUGCCAUCCUUCUUCCGGCCGAACUCCUGGCCCGUCAUGCUUCACUGCUGGACGUGGACUCCGAGGGAGCGUUGGGCCUUGCCUUCACUGAUCAGAUCACACUGAUCAGACACUUCGUGCCGGCGGUACAUACGUACCGCCAUCUUGGGGGCAUCUUGACCUCGGACUCCAAUCCGAGCCCGGAUUUACAUUAUCGUUUUGCUCAGAGUAUGAGUACUGUGAAGCCGUUAAGACGAAAGCUCUUCGGGGCACGGCGCUUUGAUCUGAAGACAAGACGCAUGCUUUUGCGCUCGCUUGCAGUGUCCAAAUACACACACACUGCUGCAGCACUUAUGCUGCACUUCGGCGUGCAUCGACGCCUUUGGGAGCGACACUACCUCACACUGUGGCGCGUGCUCACGGCACGCACCGCCGUUGACGUCCAGGCCUCAGCAUAUACCGUCCUCCGCAAUGCACAAGCCACCUCGCCCCCUUUGGCGCUUGCACACGCUAGGGCGGCUUGUCUCGCCAAGCUCUUUCGACACGGCCCUGCCGAUUUGAUUGCUCUUUUGUGGGACCACUGGCGCAUUGCACCGGCUCGGUCAUGGUUGGGCCAACUCUGCGAGGACGUCCAGGCUGUUGCUGUGUUUCAGCCCAUUGUCAAAGACCUGCUCGGAGACUCAGCGGUCGUUCCAGGCAUACUCGAAGCCUUUGCUCAAGAUCCGACCUGGUGGCCUCGUCAGGUUAGGUCUGCAAGUCAGGCCUUCCUACAGGACUUGGACAAGUGGCAUGAAAGCAAGAUUGCCAAAGCUCCCCGGGUUCCUACGCCCAGAGCUGAAGAUCUUCCUUAUCAGUGCCAUGUCUGCAACAGCGCCUUUCCGCUCAGGAAACACAUGUACGCACACAUGGCCAAGGCUCACCAGAUUUACAGCCCGGCGCGACAUUACGCCAUCUCCACCGUGUGUCAAUCGUGCCUCAAGUUGUUCCCUGACAUUGUCUCUGCCCAACUGCUCGGCUAUGAGUUGCAGCAUGUUUGGACACUGCAAAGGUUAGCUAAUUCUGGAAAGGCGUUGGAUCACAUUUUUCAGGGCCUGAGGUAUUUGGUGCACCACUUUGACCAGAUGCUGCCGCAGAGGAUUGCUCCAGACGUGUACUGCUACGGGCUCGCAAUGGAUGCUUGGGCCGAAGGUGGUCAUUGGUUGCAGAGCCUGGCCAUCUUUGACAGCAUCGGAAGUCAUACCGUGCCUGAUGCAGUUUGCUUUGGCACAGCCAUCCGCGUCUGCCAAAAGGCCUCUGACUGGCUGGCCGCCUGCGAGCUUCUCAGCGAUAUGGCCUCCGGAGGACUCAAGCCCGACACGGUCUCGUUCGGAGCAGCGAUGUCCGCCUGUGCUGCUGCUGACGCUUGGGGGUCGGCGCUGCACCUGCUGGCGACAAUGUCUGCAGAGGCCACGGAGCCGGAUUUGAUCUGCUUCAACGUGGCCAUCAGUGCAUGCGAGAUGACCGGAAGGUGGCAGACAGCCCUGGCGCUACUGGAGGACCUGUGCAAGAACUUCAGCCCGACGGCCACGAGCUUCAAUGCCGCCAUUACCGCCUGUGGGAAGGGCGGGGAGUGGCAGCGGGCUCUGACCCUGCUGUCCUCCAUGCAUGACGCAGCUGUGCUGCCCGACAGAAUCAGCUUCAAUGCGGCCAUCAGUGCUUGCGACAAUGGUGGAAUGUGGCCAGCUGCCGUCCACCUUCUGUUCAGCAUGCACGGCCGGAUGCAAGCUCCCGACCAGGUUAGUUUCAAUGCCGCCAUCAGUGCCUGCGAGCAGGGGGGUGCGUGGCAUCAAGCCUUGGCUGUGUAUCAGGAGUUGAUCCUUGCAGAUUUGUCUCCGGAUGAGCUUACCCACAACGCCGCCGUUGGCUCUUUUGCUGUGGCCAGUGCCUGGGUUGCUGCCUUGCACUUUUUAGCAGAGGAGAUGCUAUCGCGGGGCCUUUGCCCAAACGGCCUGCAUGCCGGGGCGGUGGCAAGGUCUGCGAUGGCUUCAGAGGGCCUGGAGGCCGCCUGGAGCUUCUUGGAGCAGUUCAAGGAGCUCUGGCUUGUUGCGUUCGGCGGGCAGGUGGCGGAAGUGCCGCUGAAUGCGUGCUUAAAGAGUACCGGGCGGCCAGAUGCUGCCGAGGACGUGUCACUGCUCGCCAGUGCUCCAGGGGUCAUCUUCGCUUGCAAGCCUGCCGGGUUGACUACCGAUGAGGUGGUCCAUGCGAGCGUUUGA